AUGGAGCCUCUGUUCCCGGCCCCCACGCUGGCCGGCUGGAACACCUCCUCAGCGGCCACCAGCGCGGGCGGUGAGAACGGGACGCUGGCGGGGCUGGCGCCCUCGCCGGGGGCCCGCGCGGUCGUGGUGCCCGUGCUGUACCUGCUGGUGUGCGCGGUGGGGCUGGGCGGCAAUGCCCUGGUCAUCUACGUGGUGCUGCGCCACGCCAAGAUGAAGACCGUGACCAACAUCUACAUCCUCAACCUGGCCGUGGCUGACGUGCUGCUCAUGCUGGGGCUGCCCUUCCUGGCCACGCAGAACGCCGUCUCCUACUGGCCCUUCGGCCCCGUCCUGUGCCGCCUGGUCAUGACGUUGGACGGCAUCAACCAGUUCACCAGCAUCUUCUGCCUGACCGUCAUGAGCGUGGACCGCUACCUGGCCGUCGUGCACCCCAUCCGCUCCACGCGCUGGCGCCGCCCCAGGGUGGCCAAGCUGGCCAGCGCCGCAGUCUGGGCCUUCUCGCUGCUCAUGUCCCUGCCGCUGGUGGUCUUUGCGGACAUCCAGGAGGGCUGGAACACCUGCAACCUCAGCUGGCCGGAGCCCGUGGGCCUGUGGGGCGCCGUGUUCAUCAUCUACACAUCCGUGCUGGGCUUCUUCGGGCCGCUGCUGGUCAUCUGCCUCUGCUAUCUGCUCAUCGUGGUCAAGGUGAAGGCGUCGGGCGUGCGCGUGGGCGCCUCGCGGCGGCGCUCCGAGCGCAAGGUGACCCGCAUGGUGGUGGUGGUGGUGGUGGUGUUCGUGGGCUGCUGGCUGCCCUUCUUCAUCGUCAACAUCGUCAACCUGGCCUUCGUCCUGCCCGAGGAGCCCGCCUCCGCCGGCGCCUACUUCUUCGUGGUCAUCCUGUCCUACGCCAACAGCUGCGCCAACCCUGUGCUCUACGGCUUCCUCUCCGACAACUUCCGCCAGAGCUUCCGGAAGGUUCUGUGCCUCCGCAAGGGCCACGGUGCAGAGGACGCAGAUGCCACGGAACCACAGCCCGACAAGGGCAGCCGGCUGCAGGAGGCCACGCUGCCCGUGCGCGGCUCCGAGGCCAACGGGGUCAUGCAGACCAGCCGGCUGUGAGGGCCGCGGGCGGGUGGCUCCCGGUGGCGUCUGGAUUCCCUGCCGGGCAGAGCCUUCCGCCACCAUUCAGAGGCCUGCUGAGGUGCGCCCUGCAAUGGCCUGGAUUCUCUGCAUGGUGUGAAGACCGGCGGUCUGGGGCGAGGCCGUGCCUGGUCCUGCAGUGAUGAGCUGCUCUCGCCGUGGAGGAUGCAAGGGAGUGGGUGGGAGAGGCCAGGUGUCCCGGGCAGUGCUCGGGGCAUCUCGACCUUCUUAUCCUGCCCCUGGCCUGUGCCAGCCUGCCAGGCUGGGGAUGACCACCGGUGUCAGCUGGGGAGCGCUUGCCUCUGCUGUCUGGUCCCCCGUGCCUUCUCACAUCAGUCCUGUGUCACCUGGCCCAGUUGAGUGUGAGUCUGCGAAAUUAAAGACAGCUGGAUGUGCUGGGCUCCCUGGACCAGAAACUGUUGACUCUGGGGGUGGCAGAUAAAGGGGGGAAGUGGUGCACGGCCCACUGGGGCAGGCUGGGACCCCAGAGGGGACGUCUGGGACUACAGAGCUCUGUUGUUGCCUUUGGGAUCCCCCCGCUGCCCACCCCCCAGCCACUGGCUGGCCACAGUCAUGGUUGGCUCCAUGGUGGGAGGCGGUUGGGAAAGCGGCUAGCAAAGUGUGGCUGAAUUGGGGGUAGAGAGUCGGCCCCCCAGCCUUCUGGGUCCCCAAGGCAUCGGAGAGGCCGUCCUGGGGAGGGGGCAGGCACCCACAACUAUCUCUUCUGCUUUGUCGGGGGCUCUGGCGUGGAGAGGGCGGGGGACAAGAGCAGACGAGAACUACCGAGAUUGCCGUGGGGGGGAGCAUCUCCUAACGCAAACAGCAGCCACUUGGAAGGAGCACCGUGUGGGUGUGUGCAAAUGCCAGCAAAUGCCAGGCCCCUGAGGGAUUCUUCGGUCCCCAGACGAGAACCGUCUCAUCCACCCCCGGGAGCGCCACCCCCUCCCACCGCCCCUGGCCUGUAGUGGGGUCCUAGAGAAGAAGCCAGCCCGAGAUUUGCUGGGGUCCCAUGUGCCUUGGGCCUCUGCCCAAGGCUGGAAGGAGAAGGACGAGAAUGUGGGGGCUCACUCGGCCUACAUACCCCCCCCCAUCUAGACAGCCGUGCCUGGUGCCACCCUGGCUCACGCUCCUGGGUCUGCCUGGAGCAGGACCUCCGACCCCCAGGAGGGGACAGGGAGCAGGUGCAUGCCGGGCAGGGGAAAGGCCUGGCCAGCGCGGCCUGGGCCUGCACUGACCCUGGACAGAGGCCAAGGCCUGGAAAUACGAUCGUGUAACGAGGACGCUUGUGUUUGAC